UAAAGAGAAAUAUGCGGUUGGAAAUCUAAAUGAUGCGGUUUUGUGCACCUGCUCACCUGGCGGAAGGAUCUGAAGGCUCGUGGAUAUUGUUUCAUUCAUCCUCUGCUUCAGACAUAUGCUCCAUCCUCGGAUCGCUGUCAGCUCGGGUACAUCCAGUGUGUCACCUGCUGGCAGAGUCUGUGUAACCUGACCACACACCGGGACCAUCUCCCCUGAAAUAUAAUCCAUUUCCAGGAACAACACACCACACAGCUUGGUUUACUUACCUCGAGCCAAUGAGACGUAUUCAAACGUUCGCUGCUAUGGUUCUCCUCAUUUCUCUAUUCCUGAUCUUCUUCUACUCAACGCUACACCUAGAGACGACGUACAGUCACAAGGCCGGACCGGACGACCUCCCGAAGCAUCCGAGUGUCCAGGUCCGAGCCGAUGAUGUGAGGACCUCGAAGCCGGAGAGCAUCACCGUGCCUCACCCUGUUGUCUACAAUGUGUCCGUGUCUGAUGGCCUCAGACAAACCAUCUCUCAAAAUGGAGCGUACUGGAACCGUCUGCUGUACUCGGCCCUCAGGAACCUGGACAAGGGAGAAAAUGCCUACAAGGACCACACUGAUUGGUCCCGUUGUCGGGAAACAAAUCUAGAAGUUCUACAGACUAACGUGCAUGACUUCAUCUCCUACCCGGUCUUAUUCCAGGACUUUUUGCAGGGCAUGAACUGCAGGACUCCUCCGGUCCUGAUCAACCAGCCCAAAAAGUGCAUCUCCAGUAAAGAGAUGAGGGACAACCGGACCUUCCUGCUUUUUGCUAUCAAGUCAACUCCUGGAAACUUUGAGCGGAGGCAGGCGGUGCGGGAGACCUGGGGCCGAGAGGGGAAGUAUCAGAGCGGACUGAGAGUUCACACGGUGUUUUUGUUGGGCACCUCUCCGCAGGAUGACCCCGACCUCGGCCCGCUGCUGUCAUUUGAAGCGAGACACUAUGGGGACAUCCUGCAGUGGGACUUCCAUGAAUCCCUCCUGAACCUGACGCUCAAAAUGAACAUGUUCCUCCAGUGGACGCUGAAACAUUGUCCCCACGUCUCCUUUGUUUUUAGCGGGGACGAUGAUGUGUUUGUCAACACGGCAGCAUUACUCGGCUACCUGCAGUCUCUGGAGCCAGCGAAGGCCUCUCAGCUGUAUGUUGGACAUAUCAUCAGCACGGCGAAUCCUCUCCGGGAUCCUAAAAGCAAAUACUACAUCCCUCUGAGCUUCUAUGACGGCCCGUACCCUGCUUAUGCUGGUGGAGGAGGUUUUCUCAUCUCGGGAGCGCUGCUACAAAGGCUGUACUCGGUGUCACAUGUCAUCCCUUUCUUCCCCAUCGACGACGUCUACAUUGGGAUGUGCUUCAAGGCUGUGGGAGUUUCUCCCGAGGCGCACGCAGGCUUUCAGACGUUUGAUGUGAAGGAGCAGGAUCGUGAGAAUCUGUGCAUCCAUAAAGAUCUAAUUCUGAUUCACCAGCGCUCCCCGCAGCAGGUGAAGAAGUUGUGGAGGGGCAUUCACAGCCCAUUGUUGACUUGUUGAAAAGAGCAGGUGAGCAGAAAGGAGCGGCAGGGUAAGAAAACACAGACCGCAGUGACAUUGAAGCCAUGGCAUGUCUGCUUUCAUCAUUGUCCAUUUUAGAUGGAGCCUUAGCAGGAAGUGUAAACACACAAACGUUACAACAAACCAGCUUUUUUAAGCUUCAACAGGACACUGUCAUAAUAGGAAGACAUUUUCACGAUGAUGCGGCUGAACAAGCAUCCUCUUUUUUGGUUUUGUUUUUGUUUUCUCAUCUGACCAAUGAGGAUCAAUAAUAUAUUGUACUGCCAAGUCAAACAGUUCAGAUGUGUCAUUAAAGGAAACAGUUUUAUUUGG